AUGGUAUUUAGAAUCGGUGUAUAUAAAAAUUAUGUUUUUAGAAAAGUGAUAGAAAUAUGGAAACAAAUAGAUGGAGAUGAUAUAAACCCCUUUGAUGAUGAAUUUAUUUCAUCUACUGAUACACUUACUGAUUGGUGGAUGUCCGUAGAGCUUAAAAAAAAUGAAGAUUAUAUAAAAACCCUCACCCUAAAAGUAUAUUCAGUUUCACCUCAUAAUGCUGCCUGUGAGCAACUCUUCAGUAUAUUAAACUGGUAUCUUGAAAAAAGACGGACUAGAUUAAGCAUUGAACGUCUAGAAAUUAUGGCCCAGAUGCACUCAUUUUUAGUUGAGAAUGCUAAAUCAGAACUCAAUUAUGUGGAUCAAAAUCUUCACCAAGAAAACCUAUUGUCUAUUUUUAAUAAAAUCGCAAGUUCUUUAGAAGAUGGAUCUGAUCUAUUUAGUGAAAAAGAAUCAUUUGUUUUUUUGAAAGAGCUUGCAAAGGAAAAUACAGAAGAAACCGAAGAAGAACUAGAAGACUUAGUUAAUGAAAAUUCAACAAAUUUAGAUGUUAGAAACUUUAUAUCUUUGUCUUCCAACUUAGUUCCCAAUGAACCUUCAAGUUUAAGCGAAGAGGUUAUACAUGGAAAUAAGGACUUCGAUAUAGAUAAUCUGAUUAGUGAUUUAGAUUAA